AGGCCUCUCCUCCCCUCAGCCCCGCCUUCAGUCAAUCCCGAUUGGCUGGAGGAAGAAGGAGGCCCGACCAUUGGCCCCUUUUUGAGGGGGCGGAGCCGGGCGGUGUUUCAUCCCUCAGCCUCAGGCUGAGCCGGACCGAGCCGAGAGGACCCGAGUGGGGCCGAGGCCAGUAGCCAAGGGGCCCUGAGUAGAGGCCGUAGCUUGCGCCGCACCCGCGGCCAGGCGGAGCCAAAGAUGCCGGCCUCUGCUGCGCGGCCCCUCCCGGGUCCCGGGCAGCUUACAGCCUCGCCCUUCCCGCUACUGCUGCUGGCGGUGCUGAGCGGCCCGGUAUCCGGCCGCGUCCCCCGCUCGGUGCCCAGAACCUCGCUUCCCAUCUCUGAGGCUGACUCCUGUCUCACCCGGUUCGCAGUCCCUCACACAUACAAUUACUCUGUUCUCCUUGUGGAUCCUGCCUCCCACACACUUUAUGUUGGCGCCCGGGACACCAUCUUCGCUUUAUCCCUGCCCUUCUCAGGGGAGAGACCCCGCAGGAUUGACUGGAUGGUUCCUGAGGCUCACAGACAGAACUGUAGGAAGAAAGGCAAGAAAGAGGACGAAUGUCACAAUUUUGUCCAGAUUCUCGCCAUUGCCAAUGCCUCUCACCUCCUCACUUGUGGCACCUUCGCUUUUGAUCCGAAGUGCGGGGUUAUUGACGUGUCCAGGUUCCAGCAGGUUGAAAGACUUGAGAGUGGCCGGGGGAAAUGUCCUUUUGAGCCAGCUCAGCGGUCAGCAGCUGUAAUGGCUGGGGGGGUCCUCUAUGCUGCCACUGUGAAAAACUACCUGGGGACGGAGCCAAUUAUCACCCGAGCAGUGGGUCGUGCCGAGGACUGGAUUCGGACAGACACCUUGCCUUCCUGGCUGAACGCCCCAGCCUUUGUCGCAGCCGUGGCCUUGAGCCCAGCCGAAUGGGGGGAUGAAGAUGGAGACGACGAAAUCUACUUCUUCUUUACGGAGACUUCCCGAGCAUUUGACUCAUACGAGCGCAUUAAAGUCCCACGGGUGGCCCGUGUGUGUGCGGGGGACCUCGGGGGCCGGAAGACCCUCCAGCAGAGAUGGACGACGUUUUUGAAAGCUGACCUGCUCUGUCCAGGGCCUGAGCAUGGCCGGGCCUCCAGCGUCCUGCAGGAUGUUGCUGUGCUUCGACCUGAGCUUGGGGCAGGGACUCCCAUCUUUUAUGGCAUCUUUUCUUCCCAGUGGGAGGGGGCUACUAUCUCUGCUGUCUGUGCCUUCCGACCACAAGACAUUCGGACAGUGCUGAAUGGUCCCUUCAGAGAACUAAAACAUGACUGCAACAGAGGACUGCCUGUCGUGGACAAUGAUGUGCCCCAGCCCAGACCUGGAGAGUGCAUCACCAACAACAUGAAGCUCCGGCACUUUGGGUCAUCUCUCUCCCUGCCUGACCGCGUACUCACCUUCAUCCGGGACCACCCACUCAUGGACAGGCCAGUGUUUCCAGCUGAUGGCCACCCCCUGCUGGUCACUACAGAUACAGCCUAUCUCAGAGUCGUGGCCCACAGGGUGACCAGCCUCUCAGGGAAAGAGUAUGAUGUGCUCUACCUGGGGACAGAGGAUGGACACCUCCACCGAGCAGUGCGGAUCGGAGCUCAACUCAGCGUUCUUGAAGAUCUGGCCUUAUUCCCAGAGCCACAGCCAGUUGAGAACAUGAAAUUGUACCACAGCUGGCUCCUGGUUGGCUCCCGUACUGAGGUGACACAAGUGAAUACAACCAACUGUGGCCGUCUCCAGAGCUGCUCAGAGUGCAUCCUGGCCCAGGACCCAGUCUGUGCCUGGAGCUUCCGGCUAGAUGAGUGUGUGGCCCAUGCCGGGGAGCACCGAGGGUUGGUCCAAGACAUAGAGUCAGCAGAUGUCUCCUCUUUGUGUCCUAAAGAGCCUGGAGAACGUCCAGUAGUGUUUGAAGUUCCCGUGGCUACAGCUGCGCAUGUGGUCUUGCCAUGUUCUCCAAGCUCAGCAUGGGCAUCCUGUGUGUGGCACCAGCCCAGUGGAGUGACUGCACUCACCCCCCGGCGGGAUGGACUGGAGGUAAACGUCCUUGGAAAAAAGGGAAUAUGAACCUACAGGAUUCCAGUCAACAAAAUAAGCUGUCCACAUGCUACCUCUACGAAGGUUUGUAAUACAGCUGUCAUUAAGAUCUUUGCUAGGUAAGUUCUUAUUCUACUUUGGGUAUUUAUUGUGUUACUAGCCACGGCAGGCUUUGCUAUGAUGCGAUAACAACCCCACAAUUUUAGUGGCUUAAAACAUUUGUUACUCAUGCCGUAUGUCUAUCCUUGGUAGUCACUCAGGAACCAAGGCUCAGGGAGGCUCCAUCUUGACAUAAGCUUCCAUGAUUGUAGAGAAAGGAAAAGGGAACUUGGCUAACCAUAGGUAGGCACCUAAAGUUUUUGUCUAGAAGUAACAUGCAUGAUCACAUUUCAAUGAUCAAGCCACGUGACUAUGCAAGUUCAAGCAGAUGGAGAAGGGCUAUGAUAGCCUUCUGCUCAGACCACAGUACUAAGCAUUUGUGCCUAAAGUAUGGCCACAGGGUCAGCGCGGUGGCUCACAUUUGUAAUCCCAGCACUUUGGGAGGCCAAGGCAGGCAGAUCACUUGAGCCCAGGAGUUCCAGAGCAGGCAGGGCAAAAUGACGGAAUCCUGUCUCUCAAAAAAUACAAAAGUUAGCUCGGGAUGGUGGCGCAUGCCUGUAGUCCCAGCUACUUUAGGAGGCUGAGGCGAGAGGAUGGAUUAAGCCUGUGAGCCUGGGAGGUGGAGGCUGAAGUGAGCCAUGAUCGUGCCACUGCACUCCAGCAUGGGUGACAGAGUGAGACCUUGUCUCAAACAAAAACAAAAACAAAAAUUAUGGCCUCAGACCCUUUGCUAGGACCAAGAGCUGCUGAUGUCCUCUUUGUUUCUUUUUUGAAGGGAAACAUAUACUAAAUCUUUGCACUCAUAAUCUCACUCAUCCCUCCUAUUGAGCACCUGCUACUUCCUCUCCUUUCUUCUGUCUCCAUGGAGUACAGUGAAUUUCCUCUUAGAGAAAUGGCGACUGGAUAUUUUUAAAAAUACCUGGGUAAGAAGGGCUGCUGAAUUAGAGAGGACUCAUGGUGACAGGGUUCAGUAAAAAGAGAAACUUAGUGUCUCACUUAGUAGGAAAGAUAAGGAGUAGUUAUUCCCCCAGGAUUGCAAGAAGGGCCUCAGGAACUGAGGCCUUAGCCACUGGAAUCAGUGUUAAUGCCACCAGGAUUAUUUUUCUUCCAUUAGUCUGUCAUCUCUGCAUGUUCUGCUUGCUGGAAAUGGACAUAUUCCUAGAACUAGGAAAGAUGGUUGCCAUCUUUCCUUCACAUUCUCUCAGCUCUGUAGGGUAGGGACAAGACUUCUUCUUUAGCUCCAAUCCGGGAAUCCCAGGGAAGGACUCUGAUUGGCUCAGCUUAGAUCACAUGCCCACACUGAACCAAUGACUGUGUCCAAGGAAAUGGGAUACUAUGAUUCGUCAGGCCUGAGUCAAGUCCGUGCCCAGGGAGGACAGGAUUAAAUUGUCAGAAGGAGGGACAUGGUUAAGUUGGCUGGGCAAAUAAAAACCACAAUUACUGUAAUUUACUAUAGCUGUCUUAGAGUUAGAUAUAGACAGUGACCUUUGAAAACUAAAUAAGAUCGGAGAAAAUUUUUGCAACCUAUCCAUCUGACAAAGGGCGAAUAUCCAGGAUCUACAAAGAACUUAAACAAAUCUACAAGAAAAAAAUAACCCCACCAAAAAGUGAGCAAAGGAUAUGAACAGACCCUUCUCAAAAGAAGACAUUUAUGCAGCCAACAGACACAGGAAAAAAUGCUUAUCAUUACUGGUCAUCAGAGAAAUGCAAAUCAAAACCACAAUGAGAUACCAUCUCAGGCCAGUUAGAAUGGUGAUCAUUAAAAAGUCAGGAAACAACAGAUGCUGGAGAGGAUGUGGAGAAAUAGGAAUGCUUUUUUUUCCUUUUUUUUUUUUUGAGACAGAGUCUUGCUGUGUCACCCAGGCAGGAGUGCAGUGGCAUGAUCUCAGCUCACUGCAAACUCUGCCUCCCGGGUUCACACCAUUCUCCUGGCUUAGCCUCCCGAGUAGCUGGGACUAUAGGCGCCUAUCACCAUGCCCAGCUAAUUUUUUGUAUUUUUAGUAGAGACGGGGUUUCACCGUGUUAGUCAGGAUGGUCUCAAUCUCCUGAUCUCGUGAUCCGCCCGCCUCGGCCUCCCAAAGUGCUGGGAUUACAGGUGUGAGCCACCAUGCCCGGCCAAGAAAUAGGAACACUUUUACACGGUUAGUGGGAGUGUAAAUUAGUUCCACCAUUGUGGAAGACAGUGUGGGGAUUCCUCAAGGAUCUAGAACUAGAAGUACCAUUUGACCCAGCCAUCCCAUUACUGGGUAUAUACCCAAAGAAUUAUAAAUCAUGCUACUAUAAAGACACAUGCACAUGUAUGUUUAUUGUGGCACUAUUCACAAUAGCAAAGACUUGGAGCCAACCCAAAUGUCCAUCAGUGAUAGACUGGAUUAAGGAAAUGUGGCACAUAUACACCAUGGAAUACUGUGCAGCCAUAAAAAGAAUGAGUUCAUGUCCUUUGCAGAGAUAUGGAUGAAGCUGGAAACCAUCAUUCUGAGCAAGCUAUCACAAGGACAGAAAACCAAACACUGCAUGUUCUCACUCAUAAGUGGGAGUUGAACAAUGAGAAUACAUGCACACAGGGCGGGGAACAUCACACACUGGGGCCUGUUGGGGGGUGGGGGGCUGAGGGUGGAAUAACAUUAGGAGAAAUACCUAAUGUAAAAAUGACGAGUUGAUGGGUGCAGCAAACCAACAUGCACCCUAGAACUUAAAGUAUAAUUUAAAAAAAAAAAGAAGAAAAGAAAACUAAAUAAGAUAAUGUUGUUCCUUCCAAAUGAAAACCUUCCUAUCACUUCCCGUUACAAUUAGAAUGAAAUCCAAAUCCUCUGUUCUGAUUUACAGAGCCUUACAUGUUAGGACCUCUGUCCAUCUAUCUAAACUAUUUUUACUUUCCCCUCAUUCAGGAGCAACAGCCACACCAACCUUCAUUCAGCUUUCUAGAUACACCAAGCUUGUUCCCAACUAGGGAGAACUUGUUGUUUCCCCUGAUCUUUGCAAGUCCUUCUCGGCAGUCAGGCUUUACCUUAAACAUUGCCUCCAUAAAGAGGCCCACCCUGAUUACUCUGUAUAAAGUAGCUCCCAGUUACUUCCUAUCACAUCCUCCUAUAUUAAUUCUCAGCAUAGCAUAUCAUCAAUUUGUAUUUUCUUGUUUGCUUAGUUUAAUUAUUUUCCUUCUUGUUAGAUUGCAAACUGCAUGAAAGCCUGAACUAUGGCUUUUUUGUUCACUGUUGUAUCCCCAGUGCUUAGAACAGUGAACAGUGCCUGACACAUAGUAGAUGCUCAAUAUUUAUUGAGUGAAUGAAUAUGGCCAUUGCCGAGCUGACCCUCUGGGUAAUGGAAAGAACGCAGGUCCUGCUGAGAGGCCAACACCAUCCACUGGUCAGUACUCCUAUAGGAGGCCACUUAGCUCCCAGCUCCUGUGGUUCUGCAGUACCAAGUGGCAGCCCCUGGAAUCCUCUGCUCAUAGACUCAUGGUUUUCAAGGGAUAGCUUUAGGGUGUCCUUCUCCUAGACCUCAAACGACCUCUCCCUGUCUGUGUUCUGAACUCCAUCCUGGACCCUUCUUUGCUUUGGGCCCUAAUUUGUGUCUGGUUGUCCACAGGUAGGUCCUCUCUGCUCUUUCUUUCAGAGUGAAAGAAUCAAAGUAUCCCUGGAAGGCACAACACCACUUUGCAAGCAUAAAUUCCCUAAUCAUAGUUGCCCUUAAUAAUAAUAAUAAUGCCCUAAAAUAUAAUCAUCUGCUAGAUAUGAUGUGGGCAUUGAGCUAAACAUUUUUUACAUCAAACUCAAUCUCAGAAAGACUGGUGUUGUUAGCCACAUUGUCGGCCAGUGAAACUGAGGCUCGAAGGAGAAAUAACUUGCUCAGGUCAUACAGUUAGUUUGUAGCUGAGUUGUGACUAAAACCCAGGUCUCUCGGAUUCCAAAGCUUGUGCUCAGAACCCCUGCAGUGUACAAAGUACCCAAAUAGUGCCCAUUACAGAGCAACUUCCAAGAACUGGGUCUUGCCUUCCUAGAGUGGAGUGGUGUUUCCUCCUUCACUCAUUGUUCAUUUCAUAUAUAUAAAACAGAACAUGAUCAUAUUUCAAUACAUAACUUCUGUACAACCAAAAAUUAAAACACCACAUUAAAAUAAAUGAGAAAAACAUGGUAUUUCAUUUGCAAUACUUGAAAAAAUGUUAACAUUCUUAAUCAUAAAUGAGCUUUUAGAAAUCAGUAACAAAGAGACUAACAUUACAAGGGAAAUGAAAAUAAAAGAAACAGGAAAAUGAAAUAACACAAAUGA